AUGCCUCGUGGUCAGAAGAGUAAACUCCGUGCUCGUGAGAAACGCCGCAAGGCUCGAGAUGAGAUCCGGAGUGCUCAGGCCACUGUAGAAGAGAAAAAAGAGUCAGCUCCUCCGACUUUUGCUUUGAGGACCGCUCCCCCCAGGCCUCCUACUGUGAGUGGUCUCCAGACACUUCAGAAAGCUCCACCUCCCAUCACUGCUGCUGCAGAUGUUUCAUGCACAAGAUGUAAUAAAGUUAUCGAGAGCCAAGGUCAGGAAAACGCGAGUUUCUCCCAGGCCUCAACCUCCACUGAGACCUCACGCAAGGAUCCUCUAACCAGGAAGGCGGGGGUGUUGAUGCACUUCCUGAUGGAGAAGUAUAAACUGAAGAAACCCUUUACAAAGGCAGAAAUGCUGAAAGUUGUCAGCAAAAGGUACAGGGACCAGUUCCCUGAGAUCCUCAAAUUAGCCUCUGAGCGAGUGGAGCUGGUCUUCGGUCUUGACCUGAAAGAACUCAACCCUGGCAGUCAAUCCUACACCCUUAUCAGCAAGCUAGACCUCAACGAUGAUGGAAGUCUGAAGAGCGACUGGGAAUUUCCCAAGAAUGGGCUUCUCAUGCCUCUCUUGGGUGUAAUCUUCUUAAAUGGCAACUGCGCCUCCGAAGAAGAGAUCUGGGAAUUCCUGAAUAUUUUGGGGGUCUAUGAUGGUAGGAAGCACUUAAUCUUCGGAGAACCCCGAAAGCUCAUCACUCAAGAUCUGGUGCACGAUAAGUAUCUGGUGUACCAGCAGGUGCCCAAUAGUGAUCCUCCGAGCUAUGAAUUCCUAUGGGGUCCCAGAGCUCACGCAGAAACAAGCAAGAUGAAAGUCCUGGAGUUUUUGGCCAAGAUCAAUGAUACCGUCCCAAGUGCCUUCCCGUUCCAUUAUGAAGAAGCUUUGAGAGAUGAGGAAGACAGAGCCCGAGCCAGAGUUGCAUCUAGAUCUGGCAACUUUGCCAAGUCUAGAGGGCGCGCUAGGGCCACAGGCGGCAGCUCCUCCCACCCCUAG